CCCCCGUGACACACCUGCUCUGCGCGCCCCGCCCGGCUGCUGUCCCUGCGAGGGGAGAAGCAGGACAGGUGCUGUAGGUGCCAUGAGCUCCCCGGAAGGGCCCAGUUUCCCUACAGGGCUGCUCUCUGGGGGCACCUCCCCCAGCGGCGAUGAAGGCUUCUUCCCCUUUGUGCUGGAACGGAGGGAUUCAUUCCUGGGAGUGAGCCCCGUGCCUGAGGAGCCAGAGGACCUCGCCCUGCAGCUACAGCAGAAGGAGAAGGACCUGUUGCUGGCUGCAGAACUUGGCAAAAUGCUUCUGGAGCGCAACGAGGAGCUUCGGCGGCAGCUGGAGACCCUGAGCUCCCAGCACACUGAGCGUGAGGAACGGCUGCAGCAGGAGAACCAUGAGCUUCGCCGGGGCCUAGCAGCCCGGGGUGCAGAAUGGGAGGCCAAGGCUGUGGAGCUGGAGGGUGAUGUGGCAGCUCUGCGGGCCCAGCUGGGGGAACAGCUCUCAGAGCAACAGGACAGCGGGCGAGAGCGGGCUCGGGCCCUUGGAGAGCUCAGUGAGCAGAACCUCAGGCUCAGCCAACAGCUGGCCCAGGCCUCUCAGACUGAGCAGGAGCUUCAGAGAGAACUGGAUUCACUUCGGGCCCAGUGCCAGGCCCAGGCCCUGGCUGGAGCAGAGCUGAGAACACAGCUGGAGAGUCUGCAAGGGGAGAAUCAGAUGCUGCAGAGCCGCCGGCAUGACCUGGAGGCCCAGAUUCGAGGCCUGCAUGAGGAGGUGGACAAGGGUCAGGGCAGGCUGCAGACCACCCAUGAGGAGCUGCUGCUGCUGAGGAGAGAGAGGAGGGAGCACAGCCUGGAGCUGGAACGCGCGCGCUUUGAGGCUGGUGAGGCUCUGAGCGCACUGCGGAGGCUGCAGCGGCGAGUCUCAGAGCUAGAGGAGGAAUCACGCCUCCAGGAAGUCAAUGUGUCCAGCGCCUCGCUGCAGUCAGAGCUCGCCCACAGUCUGGAUAGUGACCGAGAGCAGGAGCAGGAUGCAAAUACAGUCGGAGACGCCCAGACCACCCUGUCCACGGAGACCCAAGAGGCUUCCAGCCUACAGCUUUCACCCCAGGUGGACAGCUUGGAGCCCCCGAAGAAGCGAGCACCGCUGAGUCCAGCGGAGAUUCUGGAGGAGAAAGAGACGGAAGUAGCCAGGCUACAGGAUGAGAUUGCCCUGCAGCAGGCAGAGCUGCAGACCCUUCGGGAGGAGCUCCAAAGACAGAAGGAGCUGCGGGCACACGAAGACCCCGAGGAGACCCUGAGCAGCGCACUCUCAGACCGAGAUGAAGCCGUGAACAAGGCCCUGGAGCUGUCGCUGGAGCUUGGCCGAGUCUCUCUGGAGCGGGACUCCCUGUCUCGCGAGCUGCUGCGCACCAUCCGCCAGAAGGUGGCGCUAACGCAGGAGCUGGAGGCGUGGCAGGACGAUAUGCAGGUGGUGAUUGGGCAGCAACUGCGCUCACAGCGCCAGAAGGAGCUGAGCGCAGCAGCGUCAGGCCCACGCCGCGCCUCCACUCGCUUUUCGCUGCGCCUGGGCCCUGGGCCAGCCGGCGGCUUCCUCAGUAACCUCUUCCGAAGAACCUGACAGCCGGCCAAAGGGGCAUCCUUCCUCACGGUGGCACUUACUUUCCUUUAAUGGUCAAUGGAGCUGCACUACAGGACCCGGAUUUCCACGCAGGACCAGUGCCCUUCUCCCCUGGUCCCAAAGCCAGGAGCUGUUCCGGGACAGAGGCCAGCUCUGGAGGCCAGGGGCCUGGGUCGGUGGCAGGGCGGAGCUGUCUAUUUUUCUGCAUCUGAAUGGGUCUGUCUUCUCUAGCCCCCGCUGCUCAGAGGAGCUUCAGGGCAGGAGAAGGGGUAGAUAUUUAUGUAUCAAAAUUGGACAGAGUAAUAUAUAAAUCACUACA